AUGACGGACACCGUCCUCAUCUCUCGCGACCACGAGGACGAUCCGCGCUACGCCAUCGAGGUGCACGAGUCGGUGCUGCGGGCGCACGACUUUUUCGAGCGCAUGCUGCACGGCGGGUAUGCAGAAAACGCCUCGCACGUCAGCAGCCCUGCGCUGGGAGAAGCGUCGCAGAGCGCGGAAGUGCCGUCUGGCAAGCGCAAGCUGCCGGACGGCUUUGAUGCUGUCGAAGCGUCGAGAGCUGCAAAGGCACGCACGAGGAAGGACGUGCAGCAAGACAUCGAGGAUAGCGCUGCUAGCGCAGCGGCGCUUCACAGUCAAGAUGCUUUCAUCGAGGCUGCGCAAGAGCCUGCGCCGUCGGCCACAGGCACAGCUGCUCAGCUCGAUGGCCGGAACAAAGCGUGUGCGAGCCCCGCAGCAGAGUCGUCGACUUCAUCUGCAGGCACGCAGUCAGAGAAGAAAAUUAUCCGCAUGGGAAUGUCCCAUCCAGCGCUGCUAUUACUCACCGACUGGAUGUAUACUGGAGAAACACCUGAGCUCCGCGAACUAAGUCUGAAGGACAUCGUCGGGCUCUAUGCUGCUGCGCAGAUGCUCGGGAUGGAAAAGCUCGAGACCGACAUGGUCGAGAAGGCUCUACGUUCUGGAUAUUUUCCGUUCGAUACGCUAAUAAGCAGCACGCUCAGCGAAGAGGUAGGGCGCCAUCCGCGACUUCACGAUGUCUUCUGCCAUCACUUGACAUACAUGACGGUCCAGCAAUGCUAUGCUCCUGAUAAAGUCGUGGAGACAAUGGUGCAACGGGUGCUCGACAGCAAUGAGGAGGACUCAGAGUACACCGCUGAGGUUCGACGUCGCUUCACUACCUUCCUCUGUCGAGGCCCCCGGCUCCUCUGGAGUGCGGAUGGAGGCAAAAUGACACAGUUGCGCCAGGCGGCGCAGACGUGGUGGAGGGACUCGUCGGCCAAGCUCUUGGCCGGUGUGCCCGAGGAGGAAAAGCACCGCAAGCUCAUGGACAAGCUGGUGCCCACGCCUGCGCCCGAGGGGAAGGAGAAGAAGUAA